AUGGCGCCGCCUCCAAUAACACCUUCACCCCACCGCUUCAUCACGUCGAAACCUGCCAAUCCCGCACCUAAACCAUCCUCAUCUCUUCGCUUCCAGCAAGGAGCUCCUCAAUCGAUCUCAUCUCAACGCUUUACCCCUGCGCCAAGAUUCAAUUUCAGCUCUACCCAGAAGCCCACGACUGAGAAUGCAGCGGUAGCAACGCAGCACGCCUCACCCCUCUCCAGACGGCCCCACUUGGCUGGCGCAAUACGGAACAGGAGUCGGGAAGAUAUUGAGGAGACGGGAUCUGAUAAUGAGGAGACUGAGGGACUGGAGAAUGAUGAAUCUACAUUCGCUCGGCCUACACAGCCAACAUCGAAGCGCCGCCGUCCAAAUCCUCCAGAGGCAGUCAUCAUCUCCUCCGAGUCUUCUUCUCCAUCACCGCCUCCAACGACGCCUCCAUAUCCUACAAUAGAAGGAGAAGAUCAUGAGGCAGUCUCUUAUAACGACUUGAACCCACAUGCUCAGCCACGCUUUGUUCUGCCAAGGCCUAAGUCUACCGGGACCCCAUCAAUACCUUCCAGACCUCCCCUGAUCCUUCCACCACGCUCUCCAUCUCCUACGACGGCGACCCCAGCUUUCUUCUCCCCUCACCGUCGAGGCCAGAAAUACAUUCCUGGUGGACUUGCAUCCAGUGUCCGAGACUGGAUCGUUGAGACCUCACAGCAGGUGCACAAUCGGUCUCAUGCAAGAAGAGGUGAGGAAGAGUUUUGGGAUAUGAGGUUUAGAGCUGGGGAGUGUCGGGCGGAGGAUCCGAAUGAGGGGAUGAUUCUCGUUCAGGAAAGGAGUGGGGCCAAGAGAUGGAUGCUUGUGGGGAAGGGGAGGGGCGAGACAAAGGCCGAAGUGGGCUGCAUAGUGGGCAUAAGAGAACCUACAUGGGAGGUCCAGGUGGGACAUGAGAACUACAUGGUGGCUGUUGAGUGGAAGGUACUCAAUGGCUGA